AUGCGGUACACCGCGGACAGUGCCUCCUGCGAGGUGCUGAAGGGCCACACCAACAUUGUGCGGGGUGUGAUUGCGCUGCCGAGUGCGGAUGGCCAGCUGCCGGUCCUGGUCUCGUGGUCGUCCAACAAGACGAUCCGGGUGUGGCAUGCUGCGGACGACGGGACGGGCGCCAUGUGGUACACCGCGGACAGUGCCUCCUGUGAGGUGCUGGAGGGUCACACCAACAGUGUGCGGGGUGUGAUUGCGCUGCCGAGUGCGGAUGCCCAGCUGCCUGUCCUGGUCUCGUGGUCGAAGGACAGAACGAUCCGGGUGUGGCAUGCUGCGGACGACGGGACGGGCGCCAUGCGGUACACCGCGGACAGUGCCUCCUGCGAGGUGCUGAAGGGCCACACCAACAUUGUGCGGGCUGCCGGUCCUGGUCUCCCAAUCAUACUCUGA